AUGAACCAUUCAUGGGUCGUUUUAAUUGUAAGUUGAUUUGAAAUUUGAUUUUUCGCAUGAAAAACUGUUUUGGAAACAAACAUUUUUUUAAUUAUUAGAGUUGAUUUAUAUAUUUUUAGCUAAAAUUUUCUAUAAACCGUUAAAUUUCUUUGCCCUUAGGCUUUACAGUGGUCAGUUUUUUUUCACGACAACCUUCGAAAAAAUUUUUAUCGUUAAAUUUUUUCUGCACUGUGCAAAGACUUCUAAUUUUUGCACUGUGCAGCCCAAAAAAUAGGCUAAAAUUCUCCUUGCACGGCGCAAUGGGCAUAAAAUUUUGCACCGUGCAAAAAAAAUCAAAAAAAAAUUUUACUUUUUUCAAAUUCAGCUUUCAUUUUUCAGCUAAUAAUUUUCUCCCUUACCGAAAAAAUCGUCGCCAAAUGUCCUGAGAUUGCUUGCGAAUCCGGUCUUUCAUGCGAUUACAAUACCGGAAUUUGCCGUCGUUUUCGGGUCCCCGGCGAAGGUCUACAACAUUUUGCACUGGACUGGAACAAAUGUCAAGACGUGGUCUGUCCUCCGGGAUAUCACUGUGAUGGCACUAGUGGCGUUUGCACAAGAGUUAAUGGACAAGUUGGACAGUCAGACCCUUGUGAAGGAAUUAUUUGCCCUCCGGGCUUCACGUGUGCUGAAAGUAAGUCAGCAGAGCGUUCUUUGGUAAACGAAAACUUGGUUUACAAGAUUCCAAAAAAUUUUCACAAACAAAAUGCACCGUGCGAAAAUUUUGGAUUUUUGCACCGUGCAGUGCCAUUUUUAGCCUAUUUUUGGCGGCGCACAGUGCAAAGAAGGGGUGUUUUUGCACAGUGCGGAGAAAUUUGAAAACUCAUGAAUUGAGCAAAAUCUGUAUGAUAAUGAAAAAAAAUACGUUUUGAGUAUUUUAACAUCAAGGAAGAGCUGCAACGCGAAGCUAGACUCCGCAAUUUUUUUUGUGAAACAUUAUUUUUUUAAAAUUUUUGCUUUUUUUGCAGUGUUUUCAUCAAAACUGAGAAAUUAAAUAUUAACUUUUUACAAGAAUUCCAGUACGUUACAGAACCAUUGUCAGCGGAAAAACAAAAAUUUUAGGCCGCUGCGUUCAAGACGAGCCAAUCACCACCGAGGAUUUGGACCCCAACCCCAUGUGCCGCGGUGUCCGUUGUCCGGAGGGCUUCGAGUGCUCUCCCAUCAGUGGGAUCUGUCAUCCACCGCCUAAACAAUUCGACCCUUUUGACCAUGUGUUUGAAGAUGAACCUGUUAGAUCUCUGGAAGACGAAUCUUUAACACUUUUGCAAUGCCCUCCGAAUUCGCAUUACGAGAAUUGCGCCGCUCCGUGCACUUCCACUUGCGUGGACAUUAGACCUGACUGCAAACAACAUGACUAUGAGUGUAUUAGAACGUGUGUUUGCGACAAUGGAUUCGUUCAGGUUAGCCCGUUGAAUGCAACUUGUGUGGCGGCCAGGGAAUGCGAGGUAGUGGCGAGAGAGCACGCCAAUAGUAAGUAAGGAAAUUUCAAUCAUUUUCAUCUAUACAGGGUGGGCCAAAAAAAAUGGACAUUAAUUUUUCUUGGAUUUUUCAUGCCAUGAAACAGUUUGUGAAAAAAGGUAUAUAUGGCAUGAAAGUACUGUGUUAAGGUAACAUAUUUACUGUAGAAUUUUUGUCCUACCUGCAGAAGUUUCUAACAUACGGUUGCAGGAAGGUCACCGAGUCAGCGCGCCAAUUCCCGCGGCAAAAAUUUCAAAAGUUCUUACCCCUAAAUUUUUUAGAGUCGCUGUAAAGACAUACCAAGCAGUCUACGCAAAUCUAGGAGACAUGCCCCCUUAGGCUUUAAAAGGAUUUAACCCAAGCAUUUCGGAAAAUGAAGAACCAGUGACCAGAAGCAAGACACUCGGCCAGGGAAAAUCGAGCUUUAUUUGGACGCUUUCGGAAAAUCGAUGCUCUACCAAACAUAGUGACCAUUUUGAAACUAAUUACCCCCAUACGGUGUUUACAACUCUACGAUGAAUAUACUAAGCGCAUUUUUGACAAUAGUACCCCUCAAUCAGCAAGAUGGCAAGCAAAAAAUUGAUUUUUUUGACUUUUUGAUGGGUCAUCGCAAUAAUACAUGGAUUCUGAAAGCUAGCUGCAUCCUCAUUUUAUGAAACUGACUUAAAAUGGAAGAAAGGGGUCGUAUCACCUUGAUAUAAAAGUAUCCCGUCAUAGUUAUCCGGAACGUUGAAGAACGCCAACAAAAAAGAAAAAAUUUUCUGAUCAAAAAAUAUCAGCGUCUCUGGGUAUAGCCGGCUGAAAUUUUUUAAGGUCUGCGCACGGCUGAUGCAAGCUAUUAUCAAAUCAACUGCUGGCCCAUGUAAAGCAAUGUUAGAUGUCUUACAGUGACCACUUUUUGCUAUCAAUAGCAUGAGCCGGGCUCCCCUGCGACUCUUGAAUGUCAAUUAUCUCAAAAAUCUAGAAUUAUCUAGAUGGACCUCUUGUGGAUCACGUUGAGAACUGCUGGAGCGAAAUUAAUAGAAUACUAUCAGCUGUUUUGCUUCUGUGGGCUCCCCUUAGUAUCAUGAUAAACAGUCAACCACCAGUUUUGGGCUGGUCGUAGACGUUCAGGUCAUUGAAGAUUUUUGGACCCAUAAAAUUUUCGGAAAACGAAAUCAGAAUAUGGACUGGUCUAGCAUUUUGGUUUGUAUCAGCGGUUCAACAAAAGUAUAUAAAAAAUUUAAAUAGUUGUGAUAAAGUAGGAUAGUUGACAAUUAUAAAACUAUUUUCCUUUCCGUUGAUUACGGUAUUCGUGCCGGGAUACACCUACUUUUAAUUUUGUCCAUUUUUUUGGCCCACCCUGUAUAAUGACUUUACUUUAAUAGUUAAAAAGCCUAUCUAUGAUGCUUUUUUAUUUUUCUUACAAGCUGAUUUCUCUGGACAAAAAAAUCGAUUUUUUUACAAAAAAAACUUUUUUACAGUGAAAUUUUCGAAUAAAAAAUCGCAUUUAUGGCCUAUACGUUUGCGCUUGAGAUUGUUUAGGUACAUACUUACAAAAGGUAUUUUAUAAUUUUGCACAGUGCAAAAAAUUCACGGCACUGCACCGUGCAGCCCCAAUUUUAACCUAUUUUUGGGCUUGCACAGUGCAGAAAUUUAAUGUUUUCGCACCGUGCGGGGAAGCUCAAAAGUAAAGUGAACAAUGAAACCAAGACGCAGUGAAAUCUAUGUACAACAAUUUUGAUGCAACAAAGCCUUAUUUAGCAAACAAUUUCAGAGGUUAAAAAACCUUGCUAUUACAAAUAGUUAAAUUUUUGAUAAAUUUCAAAUUGUUGUACAGACCUACCUGUAUCUGACACCGUUAAAACUUACCAAAUUUAUGAAAUUCCAGGAUUUCAACAAUAACUUUUUUGUCAUUCCAGGCUGUCAAAGUCUCCAGUGCGGGUCAGGAAUGAGAUGUCUUGACGGCUUCUGCAACCCAUCCAAUUGUCCGCCCGCCCUCAAACCCCCAAUGUCUAGUCGGUGUCAGAAGAUUGUGUUGGUGCGCGACCGUCGGAAUUGCGUCUCGCUCCUCAACGAAUGCAGUUUGAAUAUUUGA